CUCUUGGACUUCGGACAAUUCUCAGCGUACUACGAUCGUCGCGCAACAAGUGGGGACAAUCCGUUUUCCUGAUUUUCCACUCCGUCAUAUCAUCGGACAAAACAUGAAGCAACUUGUCGUUCUGGGAAUGCUCGGGUGUCUUGCCGCAGCGUCACCAUUAGGACUUCUCGGUGAUCCCGAGGCGAUCUACGGGCGCCUCCAACGGAAUUCAUAUGUGCCAUACCCCAAACCGGAUUACACACGGCUCUAUCUAGCGCUGAAAAACGCUCGACUUCAAGAUCAAGAAGCUGAACAGGAUUAUGAUUAUGGACCCAGCCGUCCGAUCGGAGCGAUCUUCGAAGCGCCUGAGGAUGCCAUGCAGUAUGAUGACACUCGUGAUGAUAUACCUAAUCAGCAACAAUGGGUCGACUACGGUGCCACGUACGACGCACCCAUCGACGCGGAACAGCAGAAGGAAAUCGUCCGCCAAAUCAUGAGCAACUUUAUCGACAAGAAGUCGGAAACCAAGAAAGCCGGACCCGUCACUCCGAAACCAAAGACAUCGAGCGUUCCUGCCUCGUCGUCAUCGGCACCAACGGCCACGCCGACGAAAGCGCCACAGAAAGCAAAACUGGAACAGCAUAAAGAAGACAAAAUUCCCAAAGUGUCCAAGCUCCACGGACAGAAGGAGUACGCCAUGCUCAGGCCCGCAGGAGCUGAAGCGCGGCGACCCCUUCCGGAUCUGUGGCCCGAGGAUCCUGAAGUUCAACAACUGAAACGAGCUGCUCGACGAUUGUUCCGUAAAACCUCUCCUCCUGUCGCCGACGAGUUGACUAGCGAGUUGGACAGCCUGAAACCUCAGCGAUUGGACAAGCGAAGCGUGAUCAAGAACUAGGACCGGGACUCAUGAAAUUACAGUAUACGCUUGUAUACUUCUCCACAUCAACGACGCUAUUUUGCUGGCGGCAACGUCAGCGGAACACGAUGACCGGCGUUCCUGAGCCCUUUGUAUUGCAUUCGUUGAAUGUCCAUUGUUUUGCCUCCAGCGUACCGGAUAACAAGGGGACGACGAAUCCUUUCAAGAAGUCGGGGAAAUCCCCUCCGAAUGAACCGCAGACACCCCUACUCCAGCCUACAACUUCCAACACAUAAAUAUUUGUUAAAAAAUUUGCUGGCCAGCAAACAAAUCAUAAAAUGAGAACGACGCGCGAAUCUGUCGCACCACUGUGUUCGGUCGAUCGAUCGAUGGAUGACGAGUCGAAUGGAUAUCGGAUGCGUCUCGAGUCUCUGGUCCUAUACCCGGAGAACGUGCGCUUGGUCGAUAUAUCGUCAGCACUUGAGCAAUCGACUGAUGAAUAUCGUUACGGCGCCUUCCUUCGAUGCAAUGCAGAACCUUUACUGGAUAGUCUGUACUGUUUAUCGCGGCAGAACCGUAUCCGCCCCUUGCCGCCUGAGAAGACCCGACAGGAUCAACAGGUCCUUGCAAGACAAGCUGUCUGUAUCUAGAGCCAACCUUGUUCAGUCAUGCACUUCUGACUUCUGACACUCAUAGGGAAGAGAACGAAUCCCCAUCGGAAUGGGGCGGGAAGAUUGAUUCCCAAUGAAGAGGAAUCGAUCAAGAACAGGAGAUGAUCUCUGGAUAUUAUUAUCGCCUCACUAAGUUCAGGUUCAGAGAGGAGGUAUGCAUAAGAAAGACGAAAGCCAUGAAGUCGUGUUGUGAAGAGGGAGCUCGCAAAAACAGCUGGUCGACGCGUCAUACCCUUCUUCUCGCCGCGGACCUGGAAUACACACCUACUCUCGGGAAAUAGAUUUGACCCCACCCUCUGAUCUUAUUUCUACCUGAUGUAACGCAGCUAGGGAAGCGAAUCCUCAGUCUUGAUAAACAUGUCUUGCCAUCUUAGGAAAUCACUCGUAGCCAGGACCUCACCGAUGCGUUCGGGAGGUUCGACUGGAUAUCCAAUCAUAUGUGAUACAACACGUUUUUUGAAACCGUGCGGUCUCAUUAAUCGAUGCCCACUGCUUCAGCCCUCGAUGGUGCAGUCCCUUCGUCCUGAUGAAUCAAGCACUCGCGAAACGAGAGGAAGGGAACAUCUCUCGCGCUGACAAUUAGUAUCGUUGUAAAUAAACUCUAUAUUCUCUUACGAACUUAUCGAUUGCUGGCAGCGACCCGGAAACUAUUCAGAUCGGGAGAGCUUCUGAAAGAUAGGAAUUUGACUCGCUCGCGCCUCGAGCGAUCCCGAUGAGGAGCCAGAGGAAUAAUCAUUGGUCGAACUCCGGGAUACCUCUUUAGCAUUCCAAGUUUUCCAAUCAACUCAGAUCAAUGGUAAUACCUCAUGGGAGAAGAGUCAUCGGGAAUCCGAGAUGAUUUUUCACAUUCAUUCCUUGCUCCAUCAUGUAGACACCACAAUGACCCUACAUGAUCGCACCGUUGCUACCGAAAAUUGGCGGUAGAUGCAAAGUUCGUCCCGGAGAGAACCGGAAGGAAUGACCCUCCUUUGAAACAGUCAACGUCGCCCUACGGCAUAGAAUCUGUGAAAACAGUCCUCGGCCGGAAUAAGGAAAAACUGAGAGGGUGAUCUCGCCUCCGAAUGGAUCCACCGCGAGACAGAAUGAUAUUAAAUCACAAGUGAUCUCCUAAUCGGGAUAAUAACAAUAAUGAUCUGAUGCGAAUUGCCUAUGGUAGAAAUGAUACGUAUUUUUUUCUCUUGGAAGUUGCUGUCAAUAAAAAUUAGUCUCUUAUAUUUUUAAAC